AUGAAUACUACUACACUUUCUUUUAAUCUUCAAUAUGAAGAAAAAGUAAAGAAUGUAUUACAUUAUAAUAUAUAUUUACGUAAAUUGGUCUAUUCAUUUGUAAUCAAAUUAAAUGAUGGAGAUUUUGGUAGAAAUCCAAGACGAUCUUAUGGUCGUGUUGAAAGAGGUACAAUCAACUCGUUUGUUUGUAAUCCAUCAAAACUACAUCAAAUGUUUGAUUAUUAUAUGAAAGAUCGUGAAACAGUACUAGUCUGCUAUCUAUUGGUCCAGACAUCAUUCAAGUUUGACUCUGACUAUUUGUUACAACGGAUACCUUCAUAG